AUGACUAUCACAAAAGGCAAGAUGAGCAAGAACAAAGAAGAUCCUCCCCAUGAGCUGGAAAACCAGUUUAUAUUACGCCUGCCUCCGGAAUACGCUUCUACUGUGAGAAGGGCAAUACAAUCUGGAAAUGUCAACCUGAAAGACAAAUUAACCAUCGAAUUACAUCCUGAUGGACGUCAUGGAAUUGUCCGUGUGGAUCGUGUCCCAUUAGCCUCUAAGCUGGUUGACCUUCCCUGUGUUAUUGGAAGCUUGAAAACUAUUGAUAAGAAAACCUUUUACAAAACUGCGGACAUCUGCCAGAUGCUUGUGAGUACUGUGGAUGGAGAUCUUUAUCCACCUCUGGAAGAACCAGCUGCCACUAAUGAUCCAAAACUAAACAAGAAAAAGGAUAGGGACAGAGAGAAGAAAUUCAUCUGGAACCAUGGCAUCACUCUGCCACUAAAGAAUGUCAGAAAGAGAAGAUUCCGGAAAACAGCCAAGAAGAAGUACAUUGAAUCUCCAGAUGUGGAAAAGGAAGUCAAGAGACUGCUGAGUACAGAUGCCGAAGCUGUCAGUACCCGUUGGGAGGUCAUUACUGAAGAUGAAACAAAGGACACAGAUAACCAUGGUUCCCUAACCAGCCUGGACGUCUCUCCAGGAAUGAGUAGCCAAAAGCAGGGCCACAGCUCCUCAGAGCAUGAUGAGCUUCGAGAGAUAUUUAAUGACAUUAGCAGCAGCAGUGAUGAUGAUGAUGAACAAGAUCACCAUGAUGAUGAUGAUCUAAACAUCAUCGACAUCGAGGAAGAACUGGAGAGAAGAUCAGCAAGUGCAUUUGAUGAAUCUGAUGAGCAGCGCCAAGAAGAUGAGAAGGCCAAUCACCUCAUUUUAGGACUCCAGAAGCAGAUCGAUAUGAUGAAGGGAAAGCACCAAGAGACUCAGGACAGAGCAAAACGGCAGGAAGAUCUCAUCUUCAAAGUGGAAAAUCUGGCCCUCAAGAGCCGUCUUCAGGCUGUCCUGGAUGAUCUCAAACAGCAGGAAGAACAAGAAAAGGAACAGCUCAGCUCCUUGCAGGAACAGCUGGACUCGCUCCUGGAGAAGUAAGGGGAACUUGGCUGCUAUUCACUGUAAUCUUCACACUGGCAAGCAUCAUGCAUGCAAACUGGGGGUUCAUUCUCUGGGCUGAGGAUAGAUAACAUGAA